UGAAUUUUGAGAAUUCCAGUUGCUACGGUAAACCGGCGGGCUUGUUGUUAGCCCUGCCAUGGCUUUAUACAAACGGAAGAAACUGUGACUGAUUAUUAAUAAUUCGGAAGGUUGUCUGUGAUACUGAAUUAAAAAAUUAAUGGCUUACUUAAAUACCAGUGAUUAAAACGAUAUUAUAUUGAGUACAAAAUCAGGGUGGCUUUUUCUAAUCUUGUGUAGUACCGACCUUUUUAAAUAAAUUUUAUAAAAGCGCCGACUAACAAUGUUUACCAAUAAAUUCAAACAUUACUUGCACUGUUUAACGUUGUUUACUGUGAUAAUAAUAUUCGAAUGGUUUACUGGAGGUGUUAAAUUAUUUGAAAAUUCGGAUCUUGAAAUCAAUCCCUGGGUGCGUUACGGCUACAUGUGGACAUUUGUGUUGUAUUUUUUACGACUUAUUACAUUCCUUCCUUUGCCUCAAGUAUUAUUCAAUUUUUUUGGUUUAACAAUUUAUAAUGCAUUUCCAAGUAACGUGACAUUGAAAGGUUCGCCGCUGUUGGCACCCUUUAUCUGCAUUAGGGUGGUGACUAGGGGCGACUACCCCGAACUGGUACAAUCAAACGUUAAUAGAAAUGUAAACAAGUGCAUCGAUGCUGGUUUAGAGAACUUUUUCGUUGAAGUGGUCACGGAUAAGGCCAUUGAACUUCAAAAACACCGAAGGGUAAGAGAAAUCGUGGUACCCCCCUCGUAUCGUACUAAAACGCGCGCUAUGUUCAAAGCUAGAGCUUUACAAUAUUGUUUAGAAGAUAAUGUCAACAUCUUAUCAGACAACGAUUGGAUCGUUCAUUUAGAUGAAGAGACCCUUCUAACGGAAAAUUCGAUAAAGGGUAUCUUGAAUUUCGUCAUGGACGGAAAACAUCAAUUCGGUCAGGGGUUAAUUACUUAUGCUAACGAAGAAGUCGUUAAUUGGGUUACAACCCUAGCCGAUAGUUUUCGCGUCUCUGACGACAUGGGUAAAAUGCGUUUGCAAUUUAAAAUGUUUCAUAAGCCUUAUUUCAGCUGGAAAGGAUCGUACGUUGUUACUCAGGUUGGUGCUGAAAGGCAAGUAUCAUUCGACAAUGGUCCUGAUGGUUCUGUUGCGGAAGAUUGUUUUUUUGCAAUGAAAGCGUUUAGUGAAGGUUACACGUUCAAUUUCAUCGAGGGCGAAAUGUGGGAGAAGUCCCCCUUUACCCUGUGGGACUUCAUGCAACAACGAAAAAGGUGGGUGCAGGGCAUCUUGCUCGUGGUUCAUUCGAAAGCCAUUCCGUGGAAGAAGAAGAUCCUCCUGGCCAUAUCGUGUUAUUCCUGGGUCACACUUCCCUUAUCUACCUCCAACAUAAUCCUGGCGGCGGUCUGUCCUGUACCCUGUCCGCCCCUAAUGGACUUCAUAGUGGCCUUUAUAGGCGCAGUUAAUAUCUAUAUGUAUGUGUUUGGCGUAGUGAAAUCGCUCAGCAUACACCGUGUCGGACCUUGCAAACUUUUUCUGUGCAUUCUCGGUGCUCUUUUGACCAUGCCGUUCAACGUUGUAAUAGAGAACGUUGCCGUUAUAUGGGGUGUUAUCGCGAAAAAGCACAAGUUCUACGUGGUUAACAAGAACAUAAAACCACCCACUAUCGUCUGAUCGUUGGUAAUUACCUACCUAUCUAAUAGUGGAAUCGUUACGUGAGGUGUCAUAAUUAUUAUUAUUAUUGCGUGGCCAUUAGGAACGUUAUUGUUCUGCGACUUCCCGAUUUAUUACUACAUUUCAACACGAAAAUUAUCAUUUUCCGAAUUUAUAGGCUAUUGAAAAGGGGUUUUAUGUUUAAAUAUGUUAAUUUGGUACGUAAAAAUAAUAAAAACGCAAAGUACUACUAAAUAUGAUGGUACGUUCUUGAGAUCGAAUUGAAAAAGCCCAUUUUUUAGUUUUUUCACAACUCAAACAUUAUGUUCUACUGAUGCAAUGCAGAUGCGGAUGUGAACAAGUAUGCGGAAGCAGAAGUCUGCAUCAAAAAUACUUACUAUACUACGAUAUAAUUCGUCCAUAAAUUCUUUUUUCAUUUACUACAAAAAAUAUUCUUGUUCAAACUCUUCAAGUGCAUAAUUUUUGAGUUAUCUGGACAAAACUAAAAAUGGAUUUUUUCAAUUGGAUCUCAAGAGCGCACCCUGACAUUUAGCAGCACUGUGUGAUUUCAUCAUUUUUAGUUGUCGAACUAACAUAUUUAACGACGCACCAGUACUUGAUUUUUAACAUAUUUAAUAGCCUAUUAUUAAUAUAGACCUUAUGAAUUAUUGUCUGCUACAAUUUAUCCUCUGAAAUACAUGAAAUAGUAAAACCGUAGACAAAACGUUUUAAGUACACCACAGUACAGUUUCUUAUCUAUUUAAACUAAAAUUAUUUUAUUUUUCUGUUAAAUUGCCUAGAAGCUAGAAGCGUGCUCAUAUUUUUUGUUGAUUUGUUUGUAGAUUAAUUAUUAUCCCUAGGUUAAGCAUAAAAAUUGCACAAAUUACAUUUAGAUACUUCUACCGAUUGAAAAAAUUCGAAUUUUAUUUGACUGAUAAUUAAGCUUUAUUUAAUAACACAAAAUCUUCACGUUUUAUAUAAGUCCGAACAGUGUGUGAAACGUAGAUCUGAAUUACAUAAUAUUUAAUAUAAAUUAUGUAAAGUUUGAUACCUGUAAUACCUAAUACUGUUACUGAUAUUACAGUGAAGACCAAGAAAACCGCUUUGUCAUUAUUGUGACAAGAAUCUCACUUUAGAAUGCUCCUUGUACAUAUUAAGAUAAUAAUAUAUUCUCAAAUGUUCUAUUUAUUUUCAAGUUAAAUACUAUCUUAUGUUGGUCUUUGCUGUGUUGCAACAAGAUCUGAUAAUGCGUAUGUGAAAAAACACCAAGAUAUUUUUACUUUUGAUAUUGUUUUGUUGACUUGGAUAAUGCAUAUAUUUUGCUCAUUUUUUUUUGUCAAAGUGUUAAAAUCGUCAUGGUUUGCAAUAAUAUCUAAUUAAAUAAAUUCAUUGA